AUGGAAGCAGUACGAAAUGAGAUGCAAAACUUCCUCUCACGGUCCUCAACUCCACUAGGCAGACUGAGGUCGACCCCGGUUGAAGAGGAUAAACUUGCCCGAGAAUCAGAUGUCACAGUCGCGACCAAUUCUACUCUGUAUGCGGAGUACAAGGGGUUCUUCAUCUACGUCAGUUCUGCGGUAGCGCUAAUAUUCUACAUUUUGUGGAUCCUCGUGCCUGAUCUGGUGCUUCUAAAGUUGGGCAUAUCGUAUUAUCCGGAUAAGUAUUGGGCGUAUGCGGUCCCGAUGUAUCUGUUGAUGCUUAUGCUAUUUACAUAUGUCUUUGUGGCUCUCUACAAUACGGAGGUGAAGACACAGAAGUUAAAUAGCCCCAACAAUUUCAUCGAUGCCCACACGGUGUAUCCAGAUGACCCUGCAGAGUAUAUAUGGAAGGCUCCUAGUGGUGUGUGGGAUCUACCAAUUGGUCUAGUAAAUGACGUUCUUUAUGACGAGGAGUACAUCGAGCUGGCGCUUUCGGAGUUGAAUGCUCUGAAAAAUGUCAUUUCGACCAAUCUCGAUCUACUGUCACCUCCCUUACUUACAGUGAACGUACCAAGCCAACUCUUGGAUGACGAAGCAGUAUCUCCUGGUACCAAAAAUGGGAUCUUGCAAGAGGUGUGGGAUGAGCUCUUGAAUGGAUCGUCCCUAAGCAACACUAUCCCUCCGCCUUCUUAG